AUGCUGCAGUACAAGUCACUGGAGCCUACUUUGCUUCUGGGCAAGGAAAGGUUUGCUGAUGUGGAUAUCUGGGUCAGUGUGAAGGGUGGUGGUCAUGUGGCCCAAAUUUAUGCCUUCCGACAGUCCAUCUCAAAAGCCCUUGUGGCUUAUUACCAAAAAUACGUGGAUGAAGCCGUUAAGGAGAUCAAAGAUACCCUCAUCCAGUAUGAUUGGACCCUUCGUCGCUGCGAAUCCAAAAAGUUUGGAGGUCCUGGUGCCCAUGCUUGA